GACCCCUUGCCUGUCACAUCCGGCAGCUGCAGCCAAAGCCGCCGAGACAUGGAGGGGCCGACGACGGCAGGAGCCCUGAUACUGCUCCUCUGGGGGACCCUGCUUCAAGGCACCGGAGCCAAUACCUCUGAAGGGCUGCUCAGAGACAAGCUCUUCAAAAAUUACAACGCCAACGUCCGGCCCACGAGGGCCCACAGCGAGCAGGUGACCGUGCAGGUGGGAAUGACCCUGUCCCAGCUCAUAAGUCUGAAAGAGAAGAAUGAGGAGCUCACUACCAAAGUAUAUCUGAACUUGGCCUGGAUGGAUUACCGCCUCUCUUGGGAUCCCGCGGCACACAGUGGGAUUAUAUCCCUUCGCAUAUCCUCCGGGAGCGUAUGGAAACCAGAUAUCGUCCUCAUGAACAACAAUGACGGUGAGUUUGACAUGGCUCUGGAUGUAGAUGUUUUAGUGACUGCAGACGGGAGCGUCACAUGGGAGCCCCCAGGCCUCUUCCGCAGCAGCUGCAGCAUUGAGGUCCAGUACUAUCCCUUCGACUGGCAGAACUGCAGCAUGGUGUUCCGGUCCAACACCUACUCGGCAGAGGAGGUGACGCUCGUCCACCCCAGGGACGCAAACGGACAGGAGGUGAAACAGGCGGUGAUUUUCCCCAACACGUUUGAGGAGAACGGCCAGUGGGAGAUCCGUCACCGCGCGGCCCGCAAGAACACAAACCCUUCAGACCCGUCCUACGAGGACAUCACGUUUUACCUGGUCAUUCGCCGGAAACCGCUCUUCUACAUCGUGAACGUCAUCGUCCCCUGCAUUCUUAUCACCAUACUGGCUAUUUUCGUCUUCUACCUCCCCCCGGACGCAGGUGAGAAGAUGACUCUGUCUAUCUUUGCUCUCCUCACCCUCACUGUCUUUCUGCUGCUUCUGGCUGAUAAAGUCCCCGAGACCUCCUUGGCUGUUCCCAUCAUCGUUAAUUACCUCAUGUUCACUAUGACUCUCGUCACCUUCUCUGUCAUUCUGAGUGUUGUAGUCCUGAAUCUACAUCACCGCUCCCCCAACACGCACCACAUGCCUCAGUGGGUGCGGCAGAUAUUUAUCCUUAAACUUCCUCGAUACCUUUGGAUCCGCCGACCAAAACCAGAGCCGCCACUUCCGGUGCUCCCGCCGCUUCGGCCCGUUUCUGCUCCUCGGCACGCUGACGAGUACUUCAUCCGCCGGCCAGAAAGCGAUUUCAUUCUUCCCAAGGCUGACAGGUAUCACGCAGACGCUUUCUCGCGGGAUAUGAGGUGGUUUCUGGAGGGUCCCAGCCUCGGCCUCGCUCUCCCCCCAGACCUGCAGACGGCCGUCAGUGCGAUCAGAUACCUCGCUCAGCAGCUGCAAGAACAAGAGGACUACGAUGCGUUGAAGGAGGACUGGCAGUACGUAGCCAUGGUUGUUGACCGUCUCUUCCUCUGGACGUUCAUCACAUUCACCAGCCUCGGGACGCUCACCAUUUUCCUGGACGCCAGCUACAACCUGCCCCCGGAUACCCCCUUCCCCUGAGAAACACCCACACAAAAGCCCCAAACAUUGCUAAAUAAAAGGGUCCCGAAACCCGCCGCACCGGCCCUUCCUCUUCACAAAUAAAGCCCCUUAUUUAGUGCACGGCCCCUUCUGCCCUUAAUAUGAAUUAUUAGCGGCAGCCGCAGAGCCUAUGAAUAAGUGUGACCCCGAAACCCGAUAAUUCCUCCCCAUCCCCCGUUUGGCUCAUUUCCAUUCCCCUCCUGUUUUUGGCUCAAUAAAGAAGUUUUUUAUGAUUUUUCAUUGGA